GAAGAAAGAAUAUUCUUGUUCAUUUCAUUUGGUCGUUACAACGGACGAGGCUAAUUGGGAAGCUCAGAACCAAAUAGAAAAGAAAAGAGAGACAGCCAUUUUGGAAACAAAUUUCCCACUUUCAAAGCACAGAGAGAAAGAAAGAGUCAGGAGUAAGUAGAGAGUAGAGACUAGAGCUCCAACUCCUAUAUAUAUUCUCAGAGCCCAACUGGUCUUAUAUCUCUGAAACGACGGCGUUUACAGGCUAUCACUUCAGUCAUUCUCUUCCUUUCAAAAACUCCGCCUUUGGGAUUUGCUCAGCUGUUCUAUUUGAUCGGUGGGUUUUGUUGAGAGGUAUUGAGGAAAUGAGAGUUUGGGAAAUGUAGUGCUGAUUGUGGGUGGAGAUAUUUGAGUGGCUUUGUUGAACAAGUAUGGAUCUUGCGUGUAGUUUUCGCCAGCCGAAUGUGUUGUGUGGAAGUGAAGGGGUAAGUAGUAGGAAGUUGAAUGGUGUUGAUUCACAUAUUUUGUUUGGGAGUAGAGAUGGUGGUGGGGUUGGUUUUCGGGGGAAUUCGAGAGUUGUUGUGAAGGCGUGUUUGGGGAAGAAGGUGAAGAGGAGUGUGUGUUUUAAUGGUUGUAGGGUGUCACGUUUGGCGUAUAGAGAGAAUGCUGAUGACCGGUGCUGGAGUUUGAAUCUGAAAACGCCUUUGUUUCGAAGCUCUGGGAAUGUUCUUAAGGGGUCAAGAGUGGUUUGGUGGUCACGGUGUCAGAGUAAUGAUUCGUUAGCGUAUGUCAAUGGGAAUGGUCGGAAUGUAGAAUAUGUAGAAGGUCAUGAUGAGAGCUCAAGAGUUGGGCCUAUUCAUGAUGAUGAAUCAAGUGGUUCCAGAGAAGAGGAUGGAGAUAAGGACAAGAUAGAUGAAUCAGAGGCACCUACUGUGGAUGAAUUGAGGGAGUUGCUGCAGAAUGCCAUGAAAGAAUUGGAAGUUGCACGUUGUAAUAGUACCAUAUUUGAAGAAAAAGCUCAGAAAAUAUCUGAAGCUGCGAUUUCCCUGCAGGAUGAAGCAGCAACUGCCUGGAAUGAUGUUAAUUCUACCCUUGACUCUAUCCAAGAGAUUGUGAAUGAAGAGGGGAUUGCCAAAGAAGCUGUUCAGAAAGCAACAAUGACUCUUUCAUUAGCAGAGGCAAGGCUUCAGGUGGGAGUAGAAUCUUUGGAGGUUGCAAAAGGGACUAGUUCGCUGGAUGCUUCACGAGAAAGUGACGGGGAACUUGAUUCUGAAGACGAUGAAAAAGCACUAUUGGUUGUGCAAGAAGAAAUUCGGGAAUGCAAGGCGAAUUUGGCCAGCUGUGAGUCAGAACUUAGGCGCUUACAGAGUAAAAAAGAAGAGUUGCAGAAGGAAGUGGACAGGUUGAAUGUGGUUGCAGAGAAAGCACAGCUGAAUGCUUUGAAAGCAGAGGAGGAUGUAACAAAUAUAAUGCUAUUAGCAGAGCAAGCUGUUGCAUUUGAACUUGAGGCUGCACAACGUGUGAAUGAUGCAGAGAUUGCAUUACAAAGAGCAGAGAAAUCUCUCUCGAAUUCAUUUGUUGAUACCACACAAAACAACGAGGGACAGGUGUCUAAUGAUGAUGCUGCUAUCGAGGAGGAGGAGAUGGAAGGAAGUUCUGCUAAAAUAUUUACUGAAAAGGCUAAAGAUCUGCUAAUUGAUGGGGAUUUGUCUGCUAUGAAGCCUUUACCAGAGAGCCCUUCAGACAGAAUGACUCAAAGUGUUGAAGAAACAACCGAAACUGCUGAUUUAAGUGAUCACGAGAACCGAAAGAUAGGCAAAGAUUCUCUUAAAGAGGUUGAAGUAGAGACCGAAAAGUCAAAGAAUGUGGUUCAGACUAAAAAGCAGGAAUCUCAGAAGGAAAUAAUUAGGGAAAGUGCACCAUCAAAUACUCCCAAGACACUAGUGAAGAAAUCUUCUCGUUUCUUUCCUGCAUCUUUCUUCUCUUUUCCUGAAGAUGGGACUGAAUUCACACCAACAUCAGUGUUCCAGGGUCUGUUUGAUUAUGCAAGGAAGCAAUGGCCCAAGUUGGUUGUUGGAAUUUUCCUAUGUGGCAUAGGGCUUACCUUUUACACUAAUCGGGCAGAAAGAGCCACUCAACUGAUACAACAGCCAGAUGCCAUUACCACUAGUUUUGAAGAAGUUUCCUCAACUGCGAGGCCUCUAGUUCAACAAUUACGCAAACUUCCUAAGAGAAUUAAAAGCCUAAUUGAUAUGCUGCCUCAUCAAGAGGUGAAUGAGGAGGAAGCUUCCCUCUUUGACAUGCUAUGGUUAUUGCUUGCAAGUGUGAUAUUUGUGCCUGUAUUCCAGAAAAUUCCUGGAGGUAGUCCAGUUCUUGGGUACUUGACAGCUGGUAUCUUAAUUGGGCCUUAUGGCCUCUCAAUUAUUACUCAUGUACAUGGAACAAAGGCAAUUGCUGAAUUUGGAGUUGUUUUCUUACUGUUCAACAUUGGCCUUGAGCUUUCUGUUGAAAGGUUGAGUUCCAUGAAGAAAUAUGUAUUUGGAUUAGGCUCUGCUCAGGUUUUGGUUACAGCUGUUGUCAUUGGCUUGGUUGCUCAUUAUGUUUGUGGGCUGCCUGGCCCUGCUGCAAUUGUAAUUGGCAAUGGUCUAGCUUUAUCAUCCACUGCAGUUGUGCUGCAGGUUUUGCAAGAGCGGGGUGAGAGCACUUCACGCCAUGGUCGUGGAACCUUUUCUGUUCUACUUUUCCAGGAUUUGGCUGUUGUGGUUUUGCUAAUACUUAUACCUCUUAUUUCACCCAAUUCAUCCAAAGGAGGGAUUGGUUUCCAAGCUAUUGCUGAAGCUCUUGGACUUGCUGCUGUAAAGGCAGCAGUUGCUAUCACAGCCAUUAUUGCUGGUGGACGCUUGUUGCUUCGACCAAUUUAUAGGCAAAUUGCAGAUAAUCAAAACGCAGAAAUAUUUUCUGCUAACACAUUGCUUGUUAUUCUAGGAACAAGUCUUCUCACUGCCAGGGCUGGACUGUCCAUGGCACUGGGAGCAUUUUUGGCUGGUUUGCUUCUUGCGGAAACUGAAUUUUCCUUACAGGUUGAGUCAGACAUUGCUCCAUAUCGCGGCCUUCUGUUGGGUCUCUUUUUCAUGACGGUUGGAAUGUCUAUUGAUCCAAAACUUCUUGUUUCAAACUUCCCCGUUGUAGUUGGAUCAUUAGGACUCCUACUCGUUGGUAAAUCCCUGUUGGUUGCUUUAAUUGGCAAACUAUCUGGCAUUUCAAUAAUAUCAGCAAUAAGAGUUGGUCUUCUUCUUGCCCCUGGUGGAGAAUUUGCAUUUGUUGCUUUUGGUGAAGCUGUUAAUCAGGGAAUAAUGUCUCCUCAACUAUCUUCCUUGCUCUUUCUUGUCGUUGGAAUUUCAAUGGCACUCACACCAUGGCUAGCUGCUGGGGGACAGUUAAUUGCAUCUCGUUUUGAGCUGCAUGAUGUUCGAAGCCUACUACCUGAUGAGAGCGAGACAGAUGAUUUACAAGAUCAUAUAAUCAUCUGCGGAUUUGGACGAGUUGGCCAGAUAAUUGCACAGCUUCUUUCAGAGCGCCUAAUUCCAUUUGUAGCUCUUGAUGUGAGGAGUGAUAGAGUGACAGUUGGACGUUCCCUGGACAUUCCUGUCUAUUUUGGAGAUGCUGGUAGUCGAGAGGUUCUCCACAAAGUUGGUGCUCACAGAGCAUGUGCUGCAGCAAUAACUUUAGAUUCCCCUGGUGCAAACUAUAGAACUGUUUGGGCUCUGAGCAAGUAUUUCCCCAACGUGAAAACUUUUGUCCGUGCUCACGAUGUUGACCAUGGUCUUAAUUUGGAGAAGGCUGGGGCCACAGCGGUUGUCCCAGAGACCUUGGAACCAAGUCUACAGUUGGCCGCUGCUGUUCUUGCUCAGGCUAAACUACCCAUGUCAGAGAUUGCAUCAGCCAUCAAUGAGUAUAGGUCCCGGCAUCUUGCUGAGCUAACUGAGUUAUGUGAAACCAGUGGAAGCUCUCUCGGCUAUGGAUUUUCUCGAAUGAUGAGCAAACCCAAACCUCCGUCCUCAGACUCCACAGACGAUAACCAAUUCACUGAAGGAACUCUGGCAAUAUAAAAGAUGCCAGAUGAUUUUCUCGAAUGAUGAGCAAACCCAAACCUCCGUCCUCAGACUCCACAGACGAUAACCAAUUCACUGAAGGAACUCUGGCAAUAUAAAAGAUGCCAGAUGACACAGUAAAGGAUAAAAGGGAAACUGUAGAAACAGCUCAAGAACUGUAUAGCUGAUUACUUCUUCAAUUUUGUACCCAUUGGGUAAACUGUACAGAAAAUACACUGAAGAAACAUCAAUGGAAAACAAUAGAUUGACAACCUUCUUCGUUUGAGGAUUUUUUCCGACCACUUUUCUAUCCUAGAGGAGGCUGAAGACACUAAACAGAACUCUCCUGACAUUUUGAUUUUAGGGCUCUUCUUGGCUCUUUGAUCAAGAAAUCAUAAUGUUCCAAUCUUCUUAUC